AUGGCAUUUGUUCCCUCCACCCUCCUCAACGCCCUGUCUGUCCCCGUUCACAUCAACUCGUCGGUCUACGACGACACAUGUGGACUGUCGGUGUAUUCGGACUACUCGGCAACUUCGAUGACCUCGCACCCCGACUACGUCUUACCCUCGCAGUUGGAUCUUGCACAACCGGUGCUGGCAUCGGACUCAUUGCUGACGUCGACGACGAUGACGACUACGACUACUGCGGCUGCUACCGCCGCUUCUUCAUCCAACAGCCUCGGUGCCGACUUUGUCGUCCCCAUGGCCACCUACAUUAUCUCGGGCCGUAAGGUCAGCUCCGAGUCUUCCGUCAAGUUCCACGCCUUUGCCGAAAACGUCCUGACCUCCACCAACUCCUCGACCGAGACCGUGAUUCUGUCGCUGUUCUAUCUCGAGCGAUUCAAGCGUGCAAUCUACCGCGCGCCCUCGCCCGAGACCUCGCAGAUCUUUACCCAACACGGCGGGCUGAUGGCCCUGUGGCUUACCGCUCUGAUCAUUGCCGAUGCCUUCCUCAACGAUCACUCCUUCACCACGGCAUCGUGGUCGACCGUCUCGCGCAUCUCGCGCUCCGACUGUGCUCUCAUGAAGAGUGUGUUUCUCAACACCAUCAACUUUGACCUCAACGUCUCGGACGAUGUCUACGCCAACUGGCUCAAGUCGCUCGAGGAGGCUGUCCGACGCCUCAGCGAGACUCCGCGCUGCUACCUCCAGCAACAACCGCAGCCACAGCCGCAACCGCAGCCGCAACCCGAGCCCGUCUGCGUGCCCGAGUCUGUUGCUGCGUAUCACCCGUCGCACUACUACUAUGCUCUUCCACCGAGCCUCCAGAUGCGUCUGAACAUGCUCUACUGCCCAUUCAACGCCAUCUAA